CUUUCCAGAUCACUUGCAGAAAACUCGAUGACACGGCGUCGGAAUUUGAUUGUUGCCAUCGGGUUGAUAGCCUUUGCAUCUGCUGGAUUAGCAUUUCCCUUUUACAUGGCGUCUUCGAAAAAGCCAGUUAUAGAUUCGGCAAAGCCACUACCACCGCAAGCCACUUUUCGAGGUCCUUAUAUAAACACUGGUUCCCGAGACGUGGGACCUGACCAUCAAACUUACUCCAAGAAGUGAUUUUCUUCUUAAUCUUGCUUCUUUUCAGUAAUGUAUGUGUUGGUUUAUUUCAAUGUAGAAGAAUACUACAUUAAAUUUUUUCCCUUCUUAUGGAAAAACAGUAGUUCACUUGAUUUAGA